AUGGGAAACUGGACUCUUCGCAUCCCAAGGCCAAGCAAGCAGCCGCCUCCUGUUGACUUCAUUGAGAACAGGCUUCCCAGUCAUCAUGCAAUGUUCUCCGGCCACCAAAACCAUUAUGAUCCUUCUACAGAGAACUAUGUGCCCAACAGGCCGCUAUUGACGUCCUCGGAGGGCCUUGAACCGCCCAAGGAAGGCUCUGGUAAAGACUCAGAACAGGACGAGUAUGAGUUACCACCACGUCCCGCAGUUUCCGAUACAAAAGCGAUGGCACGAUGGGCUGCAAUGUUUCCCUCUGCUAUGGCCACCAUGAUCGCAAAGUCGACUCCACCGCAUGACCGAGCCAAUGCCUCCUAUAAUAUUCGCGAUCGAACGAACUGGGAAAUGGUGUGUGAGGUCCUUGAAGCCGCAAGGGACAAAUAUCAGCAAGAAGGUGGUCCAGUACGAUGGUUUCGCAAAGUGCGACGAAAGGCUGCGGAUCAUAUUAUCCCUAUCGCGGAGGCUGCUCAGAUAGCCUCCAACGUGGUCCCGAACAACCCAUAUUCCACUCCUGUCCUGGCCUCUGUCGUCAUUGUAUUAGAUGCUAUGAAGACGGCAGCAAAAGUUCGCAACCAAGUGCUGGCAGGGUUUGACGGGCUGGUUCAUCUAUUCUCCGAUGUUGAGUUGUUCCUGGGAACAUUUCCAAAAGAUGAUAAUAUUAAAUCAGCUUCAUUAGACCUCACAGUGUCGGCGUUGGAGGCCGUCGAAAAGGCAAUCACUUUCUUCAUUAGCAACGAGUUCAUGCGAGGGGGGAAAGCUCUACUAAUGGGCGGCCAAUACGAGCAAGACCUUCGACAAAGUCUGAAUGAAAUAAAUAUCAAAAGUGGCGAUCUGAUGCGGGAGGCUGCGAAGUCGCACAUAUAUGAGUUUGCUAUUUAUUCAGAGCAAACGAAGGGAUUCUACAAAGAAAUCUUGGAGGCAUCUAAAAGUACUUUGGAUGGUAUAAACUCCAUAAAGGACAUGUUCUCAGAGCACACUCGCCUUGUGGAGGAGCAGAAUAAACGCAUGGAAAAGAAAGUUGAGCAGAUCCAUUGGGAGCUGCAGGAGAGGGAUUACCAAUUGCAUGUCGCUCAGGAGGAAAUCACUUACCUCAAGAUAAGAAAUGGCCAUCUACUGCCAAGCCGCGAGCCGAGUCCCAUGCCCCAGGCCCAAAUCCCUUUCCAGCAAUCAUGGAUGAACCAGGAGAUGUGGAGAGGAAUGCUCGAGACGGGAGAUGUCGAUCUGGCCGAUACUGCCCUAGUUACGGCUGUUCAAGGACGUCUCUCACAAAAGGAACGGGCCCAAGCGGAACGAGUCAUUCAUACAGCGCCCUUCAAAAAUUGGAUUAUCGUUCCCCAGUCAGCCAAGCUGUUAGUUCAAUGGGAUCCCCGACCAAGCAAAACAAUCCGGGGUGUCUCGCCACUUUCGGUCGUUGGUAAAACUAUCGCCCAGGCUCUGCAAGCAAACCCCCGAUUUUUAUUUCUGUCGUGGCAUGGAGGGAUACAGGUAGACCGCGCUGGAAAUGGCCACCCAGGGGACGAACAUGCAAUGAUAUGCAGUCUGAUCGAUCAGCUCUUGCGUCAACAUGAAUUUGAUAUGAGAUAUGUGCCGAUGUUGGAUCAUUCAUCCGCUUCCCAGGAUGACUGGCUUGAAAUGUUAGCAACGCUUCUCCGCCAGAUACCGGGGACACGGACGGUUUGUUGUCUCAUUGACGGGGUCUCUCUGUUGGAAAGGGACGAGUUUGCAGCCGAGGCUCUACCUGUACUUGGCAGGUUAAUUGCCCUUGUUGAUGAAGCUUUGGCGAUCCCUCUGAAGCUUCUUUUCACUAGUACUCCGGGGGUGACUGUUGUACGAGCGGCGUUCGAGGAUGAAGGGUCGAUAAUCAAUGUCGCGGCCCUUCCUCGGUCUGGACUGGUUGCUAGUCAGGGACGCGUUUUCCGGGAACUGGGGCAGACUAUAGAGGGUAAUGAAGGAAGAUCAGGCUGGAAUUGA